GCGGCCUCCGCGGGUGUGGAUGGCGGGUGAGGGAGAACUAGGGUGUCUGCAUCUCUCGGCGGUAGUCUCGCGAGGCGGCGCAGGCGGGAUUUGGCGGCGGCUGAGGCUGCUGCCUGCUUGCCUCCCUCCCACCCUCCUAACGAAGAACUGGUGGUGUUUGUGUGGAAGGGGGAGGAGGCGGCGGCGGAAGAGAAGGAAGGAAAGCGAGAGAAGGCUGAGCCCCACCGACGUCGGGCAGAGGAGCGGACCCGAGGCCCACUGCUAGGCUUGGGCCCGCCGCCGCCUUCGGCGGCUCAGCCACCAUGGCCUCAGGAGAUACCCUGUACAUCGCCACAGACGGCUCGGAAAUGCCCGCCGAGAUCGUGGAGCUGCACGAGAUCGAGGUAGAGACCAUCCCAGUAGAGACCAUUGAGACCACUGUGGUGGGCGGCGAGGAGGACGAGGACGACGACGAGGAGGAUGAGUGUUGCGAGGACUGCGGCCCUCACCACCCGCCCCACCGCCGUCACCACCACCACCACCACCACCACCACCCACCCAUGAUCGCCUUGCAGCCGCUGGUCACCGACGGUGACCCGAGUGGCGGCGGAGUCGGGGCUGGCGGGGGCCAGCUCCAUCUGCACCACCACCCGCACCACCAGGAGGUGAUCCUAGUGCAGACCCGCGAGGAGGUAGUAGGAGGCGACGACUCGGACGGUUUGCGGGCCGAUGACGGCUUCGAGGACCAGAUUCUUAUUCCGGUGCCGGCUCCGGCCGGCGAGGAUGAGUACAUCGAGCAGACUCUGGUCACCGUCGCGGCCGCGGGCAGUAAAGGCGGCUCGGGCGGAGGUUCCUCCUCUGGCGGCGGCCGGGUGAAGAAAGGCGGCGGGAGCGGCAAGAAGAGCAGUAAGAAGAGUUAUCUGACGGGAGGCGGCGGCGGAGCCGAAGGGGGCGGCGGCGCCAGGAAAUGGGAGCAGAAGCAGGUGCAGAUCAAGACCCUGGAGGGAGAGUUUUCUGUCACCAUGUGGGCCUCGGAUGACAAAAAAGACAUUGACCAUGAGACUGUGGUGGAAGAACAGAUCAUUGGCGAGAACUCCCCUCCUGACUACUCGGAAUACAUGACGGGAAAGAAGUUGCCACCUGGAGGAAUACCUGGUAUUGACCUUUCUGAUCCAAAACAAUUGGCUGAAUUUGCAAGGAUGAAGCCAAGAAAAAUUAAAGAAGAUGAUGCUCCAAGAACGAUAGCAUGUCCUCAUAAAGGCUGCACAAAGAUGUUCAGGGAUAAUUCUGCCAUGAGGAAGCAUCUACAUACUCAUGGGCCUCGGGUACACGUCUGUGCAGAAUGUGGCAAGGCCUUUGUUGAGAGCUCAAAGCUAAAGAGGCACCAAUUAGUUCAUACUGGAGAAAAACCCUUUCAGUGCACAUUUGAAGGCUGUGGCAAACGCUUUUCACUGGACUUCAAUUUACGCACACAUGUGCGAAUUCAUACUGGAGACAGGCCCUAUGUGUGCCCUUUUGAUGGCUGUAAUAAGAAGUUCGCUCAGUCAACUAAUCUGAAAUCUCACAUCUUAACACAUGCUAAGGCCAAAAACAACCAGUGAAACUGCAAGAAGAAAGCUCUUGAACUCAAAACAUCUUUUACCUUACAGGAGAAUGGUUGAAAAUAAAUAAGCUUCCCCCUUUGUAUAUUGUUUCUAGGAAAGAAUUUAAAAAACAAAACAAAAAAAGAACCGUACAUGCCUAAGGGACUUGUUUUUGAUAAAGUAGCAAAAUAAACUUUAAGGCAGCAUUGCUACAAUGCUCCAUUUUGCUCUGUAAUUUGGUUUCAAGAGCAUGGUGUUUUUGUAAAGUGUGAUCCUACCUGGAAGAGACAGACAAUUCAUGGACUUGCAUCAAAGACAGUUCUUUCUACAAACAGUGCUAAAAUUGGACUUUUCACAUUGUUAUAAAUAUGAAGCUCACCUGUUGCUUACAAUUUUUUAAUUUUGUAUUUUCAAAGUGUGCAUAUUGUACACUUUUUGGGGAUAUGCUUAGUAAUGCUAUGUGUGAUUUUUUUCUGGAGGUUGAUAACUUUGCUUGCAGUAGAUUUUCUUUAAAAGAAUGGGCAGUUACUUGCAUACUUCAAAAGUAUUUUCCUGUAAAGAUUAAAAAAAAGUUAUAUAGGUUUUGUUUGCUAUCUUAAAUUUUUUUUGGUUGUAUUCUUUGAUGUUAACACAUUUUGUAUAAUUGUAUCGUAUAGCUGUAAUGAAAUCAUGUAGUAACAAAUAUUAGAUGUGAUUUAAUAGUGUUAAUCAACUUAAACCCAUUUUAGUCUCUUUUUUUGGGAAAAAUACUGCCAGAUACUGAUGUUCCGUGUACUUUCUCUUUGCCUGUUCAAUUAAGGAAAGUGGUGCUCAGUUGUAGAAUGUAUUGUACAGGCACUGACCUUUUAACAACACCUGAUAUGUACAUCCCGUGUAAUAGAGUGGGCAACAAUAAAACAGUGCUCCUGAAGAAAGAAUAUGGCAGAAAAUUAUCUGUAAGCACAGCCUAUUUUCUUCUGUUGUCCAAAACAAAUUAUAGUUCUUUAACCUCCCAGAAAUUAGAAGAUAAAUAAAACUCAAGUUACCUUUA